GCCAUGUUUCAGCGAGCGAUGAACGUGACGUUCCAAAACUUCGUCAACAAGACAUGGCUGACGCAGGGGAUGAUUAACUUCUGCGUGAUCGUAUACAUGGACGAUAUUCUUGUCUACUCGGAGACCUAUCACGGACAUGCGCAACACAUCGAAUGGACAUUGGAAGCACUAAGAGACGCUGGAUUCAAGAUUGCACUCGAGAAGAGCAAAUUUUUCCUCUCAGAAAUUUCAUUCUUGGGCUACGUAGUGACACGUGGAGGACUGCGACCGAACUCCAAGAAAGUUGCGGCGGUGAAGGAAGCCCCCGUUCCCACGUCGCUGACGCAGUGGUCGGCUUGUUUGGAAGCGCCCGGAAGUAGCCGCAACCCACCGUCACAGCGCGGUUAUCUGGACCCGCACGAGAUAGUCAAUCUCGCCUUCUUUCAAGAUCGGACGGCCUCCGAGAACGAAGAGGUAGAGAUUGAAGCGAAAGAGGAAAGCUCGGAAGAAGAAGAAGCCGAAGAAGAGGCCGACGAGGAAGAAACUCCCGAAGAGGGGAGUUACAGUGAGCACAGCAAAGGGGAGCAAAGUGAGGAGGAGGAGAAGGAAGAAGAACAAGACGACGAGGAGGAAGAAGAAGACCAAGAGGAGCUAGAAGAGUCGGAGUGGGAAGGAUUUGAGGAGGAAGUGCGUGACGAGGCUCGGGCGCAGGCCCAGGCGCAGAAGAGGGAGGAGAUCGCGGUCGGAAAGCGACAGCUGGAGUUUGCCACCGCAGCAGGUUCGUUGACCAUCGACGAUCCAAGGCAAGAUCCAGAGCCGCCCAAGCCCGAACACGGGGACCCAGCUGCUGAGACUUCGGCCGCACCUGCAAGACGGCAACGAAGCCGAUCCCCCUCCCCCUCCGCCAUCGACCGUCCACCAACUCGUCCACGUACCGAUGCGGGGCAUCAGGCUUCGUCCCCGGUCAUUAUCCCGCGGUCCCCUUGACCACCUCUCGUUCCCCCAGAUCACCACUCGCGUCACCUUCCCCAACAA